UCGUUGUAACGUUUGUCAUGAAGGCUUUUACUUUGAAGAAGACCGGAAGUCUUUAUUUUGAAAAGCGGAAAUCACGAUGUUUACGUUGUUAAACAUGCUAACAGGCUAACAUGCUAACAGUUAGCGGGUGAAUGUUUUCGCGGGCUUUUUCCUCGUUUAAAUAUUUCCGGUCAGUCGACGUUGUGACGUUAAACCGUUUCUCUGACGUCGUCCCGGUGUUCAGUCGCCCGUUAACGGUCCACCUGUCCCGGCGCGGCCCGCCUCCUCUGCCCGGUGUUCCCCGGUUAACGGUCCACCUGUCCCGGCGCGGCCCGCCUCCUCUGCCCGGUGUUCCCCGGUUAACGCGGAGUUUCUCCACAAACAGAAAAAUGCCGAAAAAAGAGAAAACGGUGAAGGGGCGUGCAGCAGGCGGUGCAGCAGCAGGCGGUGCAGCAGGUGCAGCAGGUGCAGCAGGCGGUGCAGCAGCAGGCGCAGCAGCAGGCGGUGCAGCAGGUGCAGCAGGUGCAGCAGGCGGUGCAGAGGCUGGCGGCUCGUGCCCGGUGUCUCCAGAUAAAAGCGGGGUCGUCUUCAUAACGGUGCACGCCAAGCCGGGCUCGUGCCGCAGCGCCAUCACAGACGUCGGCUCACAGGCGGUGGGAGUUUCCAUCGCAGCGCCUCCGACAGACGGAGAAGCAAACGCCGAGCUGGUUCGCUUCCUGGCCGAAGUCCUGGAGCUGAAGAAGAGUCACGUGUGUCUACACAAGGGCUCCAGGUCCAGAGACAAAGUCAUCAGACUGGACUCAUCUCUCAGUCCAGAGGAGGUGCUGAGGAGGCUCAGAGAGGCGGCGGGCUGACGGAGGAGGUGAUGGAGGCUGAAACAGACUGCAGGAGCACGAAGGAGCUUCCAGAGUGUUUGUGUCCGUGCAAACGAGGACAUGAAGUCAUCACAUGAAUAUAAACCAGCGUGGGGGGCAUCACCAUGGAAACGGACUGAUCAACCAACCAAUCACCGGAGAGGAAGACAUGUGGAGGGAUUAUUAAUAAUUAAAGUUGAACAGCUGUGAGUCACACACUGCAGCUGAACUUUCAGAUGUUCUCUGAAAAUAAAUGAAUGAAUGAUCUUCUGUUCAUCAGCAGCUCACGUCCACGUUCUGUGACCGAUGAUGAAAACAUGAAACAAAGUGAAUAAAAGAAAAUGUUGAGAUCAUUU